AUGGCACUCUUCUCUUCCCUAACUCCCAUCUUUAUUGCCGUUAUAUGUGUUUUGAUUGGGGUAAUACUGAAGAAGACUAACGGAGAGAAGGAAAAACGUGAGACUAAAAGCAAGCUUCUAUCUCGCCCAUGGGUGGAUGAAGAUUUGAAAGAUGGUACUGACCACCACUUAGAGGAAGAAGAGGUUGAUGAAGAGUGGCAAGGACUUGAUGAAAACGUUGCCCAUGUUCCCUUCUUCGCGGAGCGCUACUCUGAGACUGAAAUGAUUAAAAGGUCACAGAUGUUUUAUGAGCUUCUCGAUAAGAGGAGGUCUGUCAGGUUUCUCAGUGAUGAGCCGGUCCCCAGGGAGGUUAUUGAUAAUGUCAUCAGAACAGCAG